UCAAGUGAAGAGGCCAGCCAGUUGCGGUUGCGGUUGCGGCCCAACAAAAGAGAGGCAGCAGAGCAGAGCAGAUAGCUCCCCAAUCCACAAGAAAACAAGGAGGCAGCUAGCUCGACAAGCGACCCGUCAUCUAUCCAUGUCGUCCUCCAUGAGCUGCUCCCCGCAAGACGGCGACCACCACGGGAGGUGGAGGAGGCCGCCGGCGCCGCUGGACCUGCUGGACGAGUACUGGUUCUUCAGCAACACCCUCGCCAACAGCAACAAGCCGCCCAGGUCGUCUGCCAAGGAUCGGGAACAGCACAAGCAGGGCUCCCCCUCGGCGGGGGGCCGGAGGCUCCUACUCCGGACUCCGUCGCUCCCGUCGCCCGGCGUCGGGAUGAUGGAGGAGAUACCCAACGGCAAGGACGACGACCUGCUGCUGGUUGCUGGCAGUGGCCGUGCCAAUCGACAGCAACAGCCAGAGCAGGUGGAGGUGGACGACGACGACCUCAACUGGAGCUCCAUCUACGAGGGCGUCCUGCGCACCAGGAUGGCCGAGGGAGGCGCCAGCGGCAGGUCAGCGCUGCGCCGGGCGCCGUCCAUGCCCGUCCCAUCCUCCGACAAGCCCCCCUCCAUCUCCCAGGAAGGCGCCGGCGGUGAAUCACGGCGGCGGCGCGGCGAGGUCCGCUCGCUGAGCACCAGCCAGCAGCGCCAGCACCAGCAUCCCGUGCCCGUCCUGUCGCGCUCCAGGAGCGUGUUCCAGAGCUCCAGCGACCUGGAGUCGAUCGAGGUGCAGGGGUUCAGGGACCUGGGCUUCGUCUUCGACAAGGAGGAGCUGAGGGAGAGCCUGGCCGGCGUCCUCCCGGGGCUCAAGCAGGCCAAGAGCAGCCGCAGCCGAAGCAGGCCUUACCUGUCGGAGGCGUGGCAGCGGCGGCCGCCGGCGCCCGUGAGGGUGCAGUCGGAGGCGAGGUCCGCUGCGGAGAUGAAGGACCAGCUCCGGAUGUGGGCGCAGGCCGUCGCGUGCAACGUGCGAGAAGAGUGUUAGCUGGCUGCUGCAAACCCAGCCAAGACCAUACAUCAUCAUCAUCAUGAUACUAGUUACUUGGAAUCAGUUUUGUUACUACUUACUAUAUAUAUAAUUACAUUUAGAUUGGAUC